AAGUUCACAGAGAAUUGCAAGAAGCUGCUUUAUCAUUUUCUCCUCUGUUGUGAUUUCUUUACGUCUCGACUUGUCCCGAUGGUUGAACCAGCAGAUACUGCCACUGCUGCGCCGCCUCCGUCACAGACAUCGCCGGCCGUCGAAGCUCAAUCGCAACUCCUAGAAAAAGUAAAUGUUUUGCAAAACAUCAUCAAACAGUCUGAAUUUCUGCAGCCACCAAUCGAUAAUGACUCAAUUGCCAAUUUCCGCAAACUCUCAGAUGCUUUCUCCGCAUUCCAGGUCUGCUUUGCUGAGUUACAAAAACACGUUGAUUCCAUCGGGACCUUAAUCGUCUCUAUGCGACCCCCAGAAACAACUAAAACUACCCCUUUAUCUGUGUCAUCACUUCCAGCAGCGGCAGCCCCAACCCCAGCACCAGAGCCAGAGGCAGAACCAUCAUCGGAAUUCGAUCCCUCUGAAGAAGAAGUGGAAGUGAAAUCCCCUGGUUCAGAGCUGAAAUCUACUCGUUCAGAGCUAGAAAGCCUCUGUGAAAGGAUGGACGGUCGUGGUCUGCGGAAGUACAUGAUAACGCAUCUCUCAGAUAUAAAUGUACUGGUUGAAGAAGUCCCUAAGGCAUUGAAACUCUCGCCCAAUCCGGCAAGGCUUGUAUUGGAUUGUGUUGGGAAGUUUUAUUUGCAAGGGAGCAGGGCUUAUGUUAAGGGUUCACCCGCGGUCAAUGGAAGGAAGGCUUCUGUUUUGGUUUUGGAGUGCUUCUUGUUGAUGGGAAUCAACGAGGGAGUUGAGAUUGAGAAAGGGGUGAAAGAAGAGGCGGAGAAGGCAGCUUUAGCAUGGAGAAAGAGGUUGAUUGCUGAAGGAGGUGUACAAAAGGCUUUUGAUAUGGAUGCCCGAGGUUUGCUAUUGCUAAUUGGGUGUUUCGGGAUUCCAGGAGAAUUUAGAAAUGAGGAUAUCAGGGAUUUGCUUCUGGCAAGCCCGUUCAAGAAAAAUAUGUCUGGUGCCCUCACGAGAUCAAAUGGCUUCAUGGCAAAGAUUACAGAAAUAGUAGAGGGGAUGGUGAAUCAGAAGAUGGAAAUUGAGGCGGUUGAUAUUGCCUAUACUUUUGGAAUUGAGGACAGAUUUAACCCUCAGAAACUUGUGACAUCAUUUCUACGAGAGUCUAAAGAGCCAUUGAAGAAAAUGAAGGGAAAGUCGCAAGGUUCACUUGCUGCUGUGAAUGAAGCAAAAAAGAAGCACUUGACUGCUUUGAGAUCUGUCAUCAAAUGCUCAAAACGUCAUAGUAUUGAUCUUUCAAAACUUCUUCCUGGGUGGCAAAUUAAUGAGCAAAUAAUGAGCUUGGAGAAAGAAAUUGCAGUAGGUGAGAAGAAGAUGGUACAAAAGAGAAAAAUUGAUGAAACUGAGUCAUCUGGAAGGAUCAGCAACAAAGAAGCGAAACAGUCACAUUUUCCAAAUCCACGGCUACAACAGGAAAGAAUUGUUAAUCAUAUCGAUAGCAACACCACCUUGUUAGAAGGUGGAACUGCUGGCCACAUGUAUGGUUAUUCUCUGUCCCCAUCAGUAUUGCAUGGACCUGGAGGUCAUGGAAAGACUCUAGUUGAUAAUACACCCAUGCAAAUAGGAAGUCAUACUGGUCAGUUAUAUGGACUGCAUGGUGAUGUAGCUGUGUACGACAGAUUUCCCUCCCACAGCUAUACUUAUGGGCCAUCAUCGUACUUGGCAGGUUCUACAAGUUUGCCAAACACCAAAUCUGGUGAUGCUUAUAGGCCACCACCAUACUUGGAAAGCUCUAGGGGAUUGCCAAAGGCCAUACCCACUGAUGUUGCUGGCCGGAGCUCUGCAUCUGACCUGUUUCAGUUUGAUAAUACUGUUACAACAAGUGAACUCUACAGGAGCAGUGGCUUGCGAGCAGUUGAUGUUGUUCCAUCUGUUGCCUCUGCUCAUCAUUCGUCCUACUUGUACACUGGCCCAGAUAGUUUUGCCUUGAGUAGGCGUUACUUACAACCUUAAUCUCCCUUUCUGUAGUAUAGCCAGUCUAGAAGUGAUUUCUCUAAAAGUCUCUUAAGACGCGGGCGCUGAAAUGUUUAGUUACUGUGAAACUCCCGAGACAUUUUUGAAGCUUAGAUAGUGAGGUCUAAACUCUACCUAGCAAAAAAAUUCAUUUGUCUGGGAAGACUUAAAUUAAAUUAUCUAUUUGAGACAGUGACUUAAAGCUGCU